CAGAGCGCUGAAAUACGCGAACCGAUUCCCACAGAGAGACAGACGGCAUCAGUCGUGUCUGAGCUAUGGCGAGCUGCUGUUUGUUCUUUUACCGAGUCGUGAGAGCAGAUGCUCCGAAACGAUUUUGUUUUUGAAAAUAACUACUAGACCGAAAACACCAAACAGGCUACUUCUGAGGUUUGUGUUCCGGUUAAAGUUUGGAUUUUAGACAGUGCACUGCGUGAAGCAGCUAUAUCGACUCUACCUACACCGAACAGCAGGUGGAUGCCGCCAUGCCAUUUGGGUGCCUUGCCCUGCGAGAUGGGCGGAACUUAGACGACAUCUCUGAUGUCACCGACAAGUACGAGAUUGGACAGGUCCUCAAAGCGAAGGAGUUCUGUGAGCUGUGUAUGGCUAAAGACAGACAGACCAACAAGGUCUUUGUCUGUAAGAAGUUUCUCAAGAAGGACGGGAGGAAAGUACGCAAGGCUGCCAAGAAUGAAAUCCUGAUCCUCAAAAUGGUCAACCAUCCAAACAUCCUCCAAAUGAUCGACACUUUCGAGACGAGGAAGGAGUACUUCAUCAUCCAGGAGCUGGCUACAGGCGGUGAUGUGUUUGACUGGAUUCUGGACCAGGGGAAUUACACAGAGAGAGAUGCUUCCAACGUGAUCAAACAGGUUCUAGAGGCUGCAUCCUAUCUACACUCACUCAACAUCGUACACAGGAACCUCAAGUUGGAGAACCUGAUGUACUACACAGAGAAUAAUCACAACAAAGUGGUUCUGCGAGAUUUCUACCUGUCCAAGUUUGAGAACGGUUCCAUCACAGAACCCUGUGGAACACCGGAGUACCUGGCUCCUGAGGUUGUGGCCAGACAUCGGUACGGUCGACCAGUGGACUGUUGGGCAGUAGGGGUCAUCAUGUACAUACUUCUGUCGGGGAAUCCUCCGUUCUACGACGAGACAGAAGAAGAGAACACAGACCUUCACAACCGAAUCAUCUUCUGUCGUAUCAUAGCUGGGGAGUUUGAGUUUGACGCUCCUUACUGGGACGACAUCUCUGUUCCAGCUAAGGAGUUAGUGUGUAGGCUGAUGGAGGUGGACCAGAUGCUGAGAAUCACAGCUGCAGAUGCUCUCUUACACGAGUGGAUUUCUGGUAACGGGGCCUCGGAGAAGAACCUGAAGGAGGGAGUGUGUGCCCAGUUUGAGAAGAACUUUGCAAAGGCCAAAUGGAGGAAAGCGAUCAGAGUCACCACCUUCAUGCAGCGUCUUCGUGCAUCUGAAGCUGCUGCAGCCGAGGCGGCAGCGGCAGGAGGGCAGGGGGGAGGAGGAGGAGAGGUCCAGGGGGGAGGAGGAGGAGGAGAGGUCCAGGGAGGAGGAGGAGGAGAGGUCCAGGGGGGAGGAGGAGGAGAGGUCCAGGGAGGAGGAGGAGUGGGGGAGACUAAGGAAGGAGGGGUGACACCAGGCAGUGUAUCUCUAGAGGUGAUGGUUGAAACCAGCCCGGAGCGGGAGGAGAUGAACGGGGGACUAGGGGUGAGGAGGAGGGGGGAGGAGGAGAAUGUAGGGGGGAGGAGCCCUCUAAGUCCCUCCGUAGGGAUCUCUCCUUCUGCCACCAAUGAACAGCGCUCUCAACCUCUCAGCCAAUCAAAUGCCAGUUCCAAACCUCCAGGGGAGGAGCCAGAGAAGCCAGCCUUGAAGAAGACGUCAGGCAAAAUGGCUGCCGCAUUGGGCAAAACCAAAACAAACCCAGAGACCAAAACACUUCCUAUCCCCACCGUAACCCCUGACAUCACCAAGCCCCAGGAUCCCACCCCCAUCUCCGUCCCUGAACCCAAAAGAGCAGUAUCAUCGUUGCCUAACAACGCUGAAAAGAAGCAUCCGCCCUCUGUCGCUCCCGAGACUCCAACCACCCAACGGCGCAAGAUGGCCGCCCAACUCCACAACACCGGCCCAGGCCCUGCUCCUCCUACAGCUCCUGUUGCUGCCUCUACCACUCCUACAGUCCCUGUUGCUGCCUCUACCACUCCUACAGUUCCUGUUGCUGCCUCUACCACUCCUACAGUUCCUGUUGCUGCCUCUCCCACUCCUACAGCUCCUGUUGCUGCCUCUACCACUCCUACAGCUCCUGUUGCUGCCUCUACCACUCCUACAGCUCCUGUUGCUGCAUCUACCACUCAUACAGCUCCUGUUGCUACCUCUACCACUCCUACAGUUCCUGUUGCUGCCUCUAUCACUCCUACAGCUCCUGUUGCUGCCUCUCCCACUCCUACAGCUCCUGUUACUACCACAGUGCCACCCCCUGACAGGAGGCCGGCAGUGCAGGCUCCAGUGGAGGAGAAGAAGCAUGAGAUGGAUGAUAGGAGCUGGUGUCAGACCCAGCUCCCUGAGGCUGUAGCUGAGAGGCCUGCUGGACUGGAGGUUGGGGUGGGUGUAGGGUCCAUGGGGGUAGGAACUGGGAUGGAGAUGGGAGGGGUAGGGACAUUUGGAGCAGGGGCAGGGGCAGGGAUAUUUGGAAUAGGGGUAGGUUCAGGAGUAGGACCUGGAAUAGGGCCAAGAGGUGACGCGAGCCCCAUUGGUAGAGACCAGAGGGCAGACAGGCACAGUGUAGAGUUCAGCAUGUCCAGGGGGGAACCCAAACCGUCCGAGGGGAGCUACAGUUAUACCAUAGGGGCCCUGGGAAGCUCCCCAAGUCUAGGCCGACACACCACCGCAUACAGCCAGGAGAUUGAGCUGGGGGGGUACGGGGGUUCCUACUGCUCCUCUCUGUAUGGCAGCGGGGGUGGAGGAGGGAUGUAUGGGGGACUGGAGCACGGAGGUGUUGGGGUCAGAGGUCAUGGUAGUAGUACUGCUGAUUGGCAGAUGGACAGCGUGAUCGAACAGAUCGAGAAGCAAAUGGCGGCGGUGCUGGAGAAGAUCGAGGGGGACAUGCCCUCUCUCCUGGAACAGAUCAGUGACUGCCCCCCGCCACCCGAACCCCCCCGCAGCACACACACCUCCCCCUCCUCACGCUCCCGCUCCUCUCAUCUCUCCCCCACCUCCUCCUCCCUCACCUCUACCUCUUCCCCCCCGCCCCUCCCCACCUCCCCCAGACCCCCUCUCCCCUCCCUCCCCCACCUCACCAUCCCCCCUCCUUCCUACCCUCCUCCCUCCCCGCCCACCCACUCCCCUGGCCAGCCAAUCUGUGAGCAGGAGGAGAGAGAGGGACAGAUGGGAGCAGUCCAUUCUAGCCAAUCCCCAUCCUCCAGGCCAGGGAAGGGCCUAUAA